AUGGGGAAGAAGUCAAGGAAGGAGAAGAAGUUAAGGAAGAAGAAGAAGAAGUUUUGGAUGGAGAAGAAGUUAAGGGUAAAGAAGAAAGUAUGGAUGGGGAAGAAGUUUGGGAUGGAGAAGAAGUUAAGGAUGGAGAAGAAGUUUGGGAUGGAGGAGAAGUUUGGAAUGGAGGAGAAGAACCGAAGUAUGGAGAAGAAGUUUAGGAAGGAGACGAAGUCAAGGAAGAAGAUGUUUUGGAUGGAGAAGAAGUUAAGGAUAAAUAAGAAAAAUGAAGUUAUGGAAGCAGAAGAAGUUAAGGAGGAUGGAGAAGAAGUUAGGGAAGGAGAAGAAGUGAAGAAUGAAGAACAAGUUAGGGAAGGAGAAGAAGUUAAGGAUGGAGAACAAGUUAGGGAAGGAGAAGAAGAAGUUAAGGAUGGAGAAGUAGUUUGGGAUGGGGAAGAAGUGAAGGAAGGAGAAGAAGUUAAGGAAGAAGAAGAAGUUUUGGAUGGAGAAGAAGUUGAGGGUAAAGAAGAAAGUAUGGAUGGGGAAGAAGUUUGGGAUGGAGAAGAAGUUUGGGAUAAAGGAGAAGUUUGGAAUGGAGGAGAAGAACCUAAGUAUGGAGAAAAAGUUAAGGAAGAAGAAGUUUAG